GGGGGGAGGAGGAUCUCUCACCAUAAGUUUACUUUGCCCUUUACGGGAGAUGAGAUUCAGCCUCCGCCGAGAGACGACCAGGAGAACUGGGGAGGAAACUUUGUGACCACUCUGUGAAAUCUGCUAAAUUCAGGAUUAUCUGCGGGUCAUGGACGGUUUCGUCUAGUUGGAGUUUUUUUUUUUUUUCUCGGGUUGUGCGCCUGCAGCAGAGCGGACCGCACAGUGCGACUCCAGGCGGAUCUGAAGGAAACCAUAUCUGGUCAAAGUAUUCGUUGCUGUCACCCAGCGGGACCGUUCGGCUAUAAAUAGCACUGGAGGAGGUCUCUCUCUUUCCCUGGAGCGCUGCUACAGGCACUUGGUUGCCUUUGCUGUUAUUUUACCCCUGAUCUGGGGGGUCAUUGAGACUUCUGAUCUCCUAUAUUUUGUCUUUCUUAUUUGCAGGGGUGAUUGAGGCGUGCUGUCCAUCAUGUCGGUGUUGAGGAAGGAGAUGGAGAAAUACAGGGACAUAGACGAGGACGAGCUGCUGAAGAAACUGUCAGAGGAAGAGCUGCAGCGAUUAGAGGACGAAUUAGAGGAGCUGGAUCCUGAUAAUGCAUUGUUGCCAGCUGGGAUGCGGCAGAAGGACCAGACCAAGAAAUCUCCAACAGGAUUGUUUCAGAGAGACAACCUCCUGGCCCAUCUGGAGAAACAGGCCAAAGAGCAUCCCGACAAAGAAGACCCGGUGCCCUUCACAGGGGAGAAGAGAGGGAAAGCCUGGGUCCCUAAAAAGAUUGUGGACCCCAUCAUGGAGAAUGUGACUCUGGAGCCAGAGCUAGAAGAAGCCCUGGCUAGUGCUUCUGAUGCUGAACUCUGUGAUAUUGCAGCCAUCCUGGGUAUGCACACCCUGAUGAGUAACCAGCAGUACUAUGAGGCCCUGGCCAGCAGCACCAUAGUCAACAAGCAAGGCCUCAACAGUGUGAUCCAGUGUACCCAGUACAAACCAGUCCCUGAUGAAGAGCCCAACUCGACUGAUGUAGAAGAGACCCUGUUGAGAAUGAAGAGUAACGACCCUGACUUGGUGGAAGUUAACCUCAACAACAUUAAGAACAUCCCCAUCAGGACUCUGAAAGCGUACGCUGAGGCUCUGAUGAAGAACACCGUGGUGGAGAGGUUUAGUAUUGUAGGAACCAGGAGCAACGACCCUGUAGCGUUUGCCCUGGCAGAGAUGUUAAAGGUGAACACGACGCUGAAGAGCCUGAACGUUGAGUCCAACUUCAUUACCGGGACUGGAGUCCUGUCCCUCAUAGAGUCACUGCAGAAUAACACCACACUACACGAGCUGAAGAUAGACAAUCAGAGCCAGCCGUUAGGCAACAAGGUGGAGAUGGAGAUAGCCAGCAUGCUAGAGAAAAACACCACGCUGUUGAAGUUUGGAUAUCAUUUCACCCAGCAGGGCCCGCGCCUCCGAGGCUCCAACGCCAUGAUGAACAACAAUGACCUGGCUCGGGUCGUCAGGUCAGAGUCGGACGGCUCCUUCACCCUCACUCUGUCUGUGCCUGAGCUGGAGAGAGCCUUUGGGAAAAAGUUCAAGUCCAAGACUAAUAAGAAAGAGAAGGCUUGAGGGAGGACCCAUCUUCCCUAAGUGUCGGACGAAUGUGUAGAAACCAGGGCUACCCUCAACCCUCCAUUCGCCUUUGGCCCCUACCAUCUUUCCAAACCCCAUCCUGUCACCCACUCCGGCCUCACACCCUCCGAUGGUCUAACCAGAAGACCACACCCACUAAACAGGUUCAACUGUCUCUGAAGUCUUUCUACUUUCCAAACUCUUUUUUCGUAGCUAUUAAAGGAUCCAAUGGGAAUAGUCAGCGGUGUCCUUCCGAGCUUUCAGGGCAUGCAAAAGUGGAGAUUGUGUGCUCAUUUUGUGCUCUGAAGUUUGAAUUUUGACUUGGGUUCCAGGUGUAGACAUUUGCUCUAACUCUUUAUA